AACCACAUGAUAGCAAAAGCUAAAGGGAAAAAAAAAAAACAAAACCUUGUAAUUAAGGAACGUUCACAUUUCUGGACAGAAUGUAUUAUCUCUACUCACACCAAUGCCUUAUUUUCACUCAACAAUCACACUGAAAUACAAAUGCAUUCCUUUUAACAGGAUCACUCAUCAACAGCAGAAAGAAAUGCCAGGCACUUAGGACGAUGCAAUACAUGAGUGAGAAAAACCAACAUCUCCUCAUUGCUGAUGUGUUCAUCAGCGUACUGUUGUGGUUCCAAGCCAACUAUUAACUGCAGUAAGUGAGGAAGUGCCCCAUGAGGCAUUCAUCAGUAAUACAGGUUUGUAAAGAGAAAUGCUUAAGGCAUCUUGCAAUGAUGCAAGCUUUACAGUAACUUACAGGCCGAGAACGCACUGCUGACAAAAACAAAUAGAACAACCAGUACAUAUACUUACAGCAGGCAAAGGAACUCAGAGCAGCAGCCAACGCACAUGUACUGCACGUACUGCACUGACACCUGAGUGUAAGAAACAGCAAUGUUCAGGUGGAGCUCUCAGCGCCUCUCUCCCAGAACAUCUUUCAGAACAGAAUUUCCCUUUAUGAAAUAAUAUUUAUCUGUAAACAGCUAAAUACCUGCCGCCCUGCGUGCAAGGAGCUAACACAAAUGCGCACAAGUAACCAUUAUAACUCUAAGGACAGUUCUGCAAGUAGGUCACGUAAGGCAAGCCCCCACCAUGGCAAUAUACAAAAGGAAGAGAAGACAAAGUGCCUGCAGCAUAACAGAUCUAAUAUCCUUAUAAUUAAACUAGUCAGGAAACAAGGAACCAAUUCUACGUGCAAUGAGAUUUUCAAUGCGAAAUGCUGGAGUAAUAUCUUCUCUCUGCCUUGAAGAACAGCAAAAACUGAGUUGCUGGGUGUCCUGGCUCUGAGUUACCAGACUUCACAUCUGAAUCUCACUCUUGCUUGCCAGGACAACUUCACCAUGCCAGUGCUGGACAUCAGGCCUCUCUCAGCCCAGGCAGUCACUCAAACACCACUAAAUGCUACAGGCUGCCAAGGAGCACCAGAUGGGAAACAUUCCACAGAAAAUGUUGUAGUUAAGCUGAUGGAUAGUGUUUAUCUCAAAUGUCUCUAACAACGUGCUCCACUUUGCUCAGCUCUGUUCUGCCUCUUUUGCCCACAGCUGUACCCAAACUCAAUAACACAUUGCCACACAAAUCCCACACGCUGCCCAGCACCAACCAGGGGCUGCUGGGUAACAGAGCCCACGAGGCGCUGCAUGCAGAACCGAAUUCUGAGCAGCACAACAGCAGGACAGUGGCAGAAAAAAGAGCGAAGAAAUUAAAAGACUUGGAGGAGCCCUGUGGUAGACCACAUGUUUUUCCCCUAUAGCUCAGCGGCACGAAAGCUUCCCCUUCAUAUUAAUGAUGGUUUAUAGCAGAAGUUCUAUUAUCUGAACAAGAACACAUGUCAAGCACUAAGAGGCAACCUGCCACUGACCAUCUGCUCAAUGUCACACACAUCUCAGACCACCUCUCACCUCUCACCUCUCACCAGGCUUUUUUCCCACCAGGUUCUUCUGGUAUUUUACACUCCCAACACUGUGAUCUUUAACAACACAGUAUCCUAUUUUAGAUGCACUCAUUCACAUAGCUAACUUCUGAUUGAGUGCCUAAAUGAAAGCAAAGAGUUUCUUCCUUCAUCUGAUACCUUUCUGUUCUCUCCUUCAAGGGAAUGGUAACAGCCGUAACAGCUUCAUCUCUCACCAGGUCCUAAGAUCAGUACUUGUGAAACAAAUUAAGUCACUGAUACGUUACUGAUAAGGACUACUAAAAAACAGAUCUGAGUAUGAAUGACAAAGUCGUGCAGAGCAAAAGUGACUGUGCAGCUGCUACCAAAAACAGGAAUGACAGCAAGUGGAAAGUACAAAUAACUUUGUUAUUAAACGUAAUAAAUUAAGCACAGAUACAGUUGAAAAUACUGACAGAUCUCAUUAACUUUUAAAAAAACCAACACAUUUAUUAAUACGACUUCUAACUUGUGGGGAGUAAAAGCGGCUCUCCAUAAUGCACAUGGGGACCCGAGUGGCUUAGAAAAAUCAGCUGUCAUUUGCUGGCAAAACAACACAAGAAUAGACAACAAUAGUCCUAGCAAAUUAGGAAGAGAUUUUGCCAACAAAGAGAUAGAAUUCAUUUCCAAAACUGCAUUGAUCUCCUUUUCAGUAUAUCAGAAGAAUCAGAUCUCCUGUUUUCGUGCACGCUGCUAUUCAGCACACUCAGAUGUGCCAGUCUUUAAAUAAUUCAGACGGCAAAAGGAAUAAAAGGAAGAGAGGAGGGAGACAGCAAUUUGAGCCAAGUGACAGGGACAGCACAUGAAGAAAAUGCUGAGAUAUCCAUUAAUAUCUUUUAAAAAAUUAGGGUUUUAGGUUCCAAGCAUCAAGUUCUGCUGUAUUUCUCCAGCAAGAGCAACGGGAAUAUACAAUUGCAAGCAGCUCUCAAACAAGAGCAUUACGAGGAGCCCCACAGCAGUGCGUUCUGGCCCAAUGAAGCCGGCUCAAGUUUCGGGCAGGUUUUGUGUAAGCUCAGCAGUAACUGAAGGCACAAAGUCCAUUCCUCCAGCGGGCCGUGGAACCGCCGUGCCAACGUAACCACAGAUUGAAGCAGCGCAGCAGAAGGCUGCCACGAGCCGAUAGAGCGCUUCUAAAUCAUAGCAACGCGUGUACAAACAAAGACUCGCACCGCACCCACACCAUCUCGGCCCAGCCGCCAGCCCGAAUCCACGGCACAGCUCCGAAACAGCCACAUCGGCCUAAGAAAGCAGGUCCUACUCGGAACUGUAUUGAAUAUACAGUAAUUCCUACUCAUCCCUGAUGGAUUUCAAUCCAUGCACUAAUUGAAGCUCUAUCCCCAAAAAACAGAGGAACGAUGCCGUUCAUUCAGCCCACAGAGGGGGUGAGCAGGCAGUAAAGAAGCACAGAGCAGCAGUGGAUGGAAACCCAAAUGAGCUGCUCGAUUCCAAAUGAGUUACACUGUAUCACAGACACGACUGAUGCAGAACAAGAUGACCUACCUUGUGAUGGAGAUGGGGGAAUAGCCUGUGAACACCAUGGCAAGUCAGACCAAUUGAAUGACUGCACUUACAUCCCUGAUGAUUUGAACUUACCCCUUUCUGGAGGUAACAGAAAUGCAUCAAAUUAUGAGAUUUAUGUACAACCUGAAGGUGUAUUUAACUAUGCUAAAGGAACCAUAGGAACAAGUGGAAUUUCAGCUGGAAUAUCUGGAAGUGAACUGUCCUUUAAAAAGAACAGCUGGUGUGGUCAACCAGAUGGCAGAGACCCUCCAAGUCACUCCAGUAUGUCCCAUGUCCUUCUGCGCCAUUUCCCUACAGGAGAGUUAACGAGCAAAUGGCAGUUGAUUGAACAUGAGACUAUACCAGAAACAUCCCUGACUGAAAGCAUUGACGAAACCACAAACAAGCACACAGCUUGUGAAUGCGUCCAAGGCCCUUCAACAGGUGAACAACAGGCAGCCAAGUUUGAAGAGCACCACUUAGAAAAGCUGAAAGCAGUGAGUACUGAAGAGAAAAUUCAGGAUUUGCUAAACAAAAACACUUUUGUUUCAAAAACCUCUACCUCUACUCUUGCUAAACAUGGGUGCAGACAAGAAAAUUUGCUGUUGAUUAAUGAGUAUGAAGAUGCAUGUAUCUUUCAAAACACAGAGCAGACAUACAUGUUUAAGAAAUCAGUUCCAUCUCAUGAGCUCAUAGCAGGCCAAGGUGAAGCUCAGAAGUGUCAGGAAGACAGUAAUGAAGUCACUUCAGAAAUGAAAGUACCAAAAAUGAGUGAAAAUAAUAAAUCCAUUCCCACCAUUAAAAGAACAACAUCCUUCCCUACAUUGCUAAGUAAAUCAGUAACCAUUAACAGCAUUCUAGAAAAUCAGAAAUGUUUUGAUUCCAUUGAAGUCACAAAUCAGGAAGGAACAAGCAUUCCAGAAUCAUCCCAACAACAAAAGGUACUACCUCAGUCAGGUUUUCCAAAUGCAGGAUUUGCCAUUUACUCAGGAGACAUUGGAACAGCCCCUGAACCCUCUACAGCAGACACUUCUGCCCUACAGCCUACACACGGUUUGUCUGAACAAAGAUUGCCAUGUGGGAAAACAGCAUCUGCAUUUCCAACAACUCAUACAGUAGAACUGUGCAGUCUAAAUGCUUCUAAGUCACUGCCCAAAAUAACCCAAGGAGAGAUGAUGUCUCAAAUACUAAAGGAACAGACAGAUCAACUAAAAAUUAAAGUGGAAGACUUCUCUAAACACGUGACCAAGGAGACAUUCCUCUUACAAGAUGAUUAUCUGGCAUUAAAUCAACUGAAAAGAUACCUUGAAGCCUUGGAAAGGAAUUAUUUAACUGCUAGAGAGGAGCACCGUAACUUACAGCUGCAGUACUACAAGGACAAGUCUGUCAACAUUGGAGAAUUUGACCCCAAAAGAAAGGUAGAAGGGGAAAUAUUUAGACUUGGCACGAUGCUUGAAGACAUCAAAGAACUAGCAGAUGACAGCAGGCACAGAUGGGCUCCUUCACCCAGUUCCUGUGGAUCUGCCCAUUCAUCAUAUUCUCUUUGGGAGAGCUCAGUACUUUCAAGUAUUGCUGAUUCCCCUGAAGAAAAUACAUUUCUUAGCAAGAACAAUGAAGGAGAAAAUACAAGCCAGACAAGUUCCGUGACUCCACAGAGAAAUGCCCACUUCUCUUUGCAGUGUGACAGAUGCAAUCUUCGUAUUCACACGUUGCAGAAGAGAGCCGAAUCAGCUUAUGGGAAAGAAAUGGAUCCUCUGGGAAAAAGUUGUCUGCUAGCAAGCAAGUAUUCUUCAAAUGAAAUGAGAUUCUUUUCACCUGAAGGAAAAUAUGAGGCGGAAGGUCUUGGAUUCCAUACUCAGGGUACAUUAAGUCAGAAAGAUAGUGCCAGUGAAGAGAGUAUGAAAGGAAAUAACAUAAUGGAAAGGAAAACUGGAACACAUACAAUCUUCAUUCUAAGAAAACCGACCGAUUUAUCAGAUAAAAAUCUGAACAAUGAUUCAGAAGCCAUCUCAGCCUACCAUUCUUAUGGUUCACAAAGCGAUGAAUUUAUGAAAUGUGAAAGUCACCAAAUACUCCACGCAAGGCAACAUAGAGAGAGAAAAGGAUUUAAAUGCAGAUGCUCCAGAGAAAGCCAAAAUCCAUUUAAACUCAGGAACUACAAGGAAUCUGUUCAGUCUUGCACUCCACGUAGAAAUAAAAACUCUGGUUCAAGUUCUUAUUCGCAGAAGAGAAUCCCCAGUCAAAAGGCUCAAACAAAUCAACAGCCACCUGAACCUGUCAACAGACUUUAUGAAAGCAAGAAGUCUGCCCGAAACACAUCUGCGAUCAUCAGAAACAGAACUGCCAAAGACUUCAACAUAAACAUUUUAAAUUCUACUCUGGAUCAUGCAAUACAGACAGCAAACAGUUUGAAGAAAGCUACAGAAAAAAUGGUGCAAGCAAUUUCUGAAGAUCUAGCUAAAGCUAGAAGAAAACAGCUUUAACCAUCUAGUUUCAGAUGCUACAUUUUUUUGCUGGUUAUAAAUAAUAAACAUCUCUACAAAUACAAAAUGACAAAGAUUAGAAAAUCAGCUAGCUUUAGUUCUAUGAUUGUCAGUACUAACUGGUACAUACUGGUAUUCCACGCGUUUAUACUCAGUGUCUGAACUAGAAAAUGAAUUGCUUUUCUAUUGAAGUCUUUGAUGUUUUGGCUGGCCCCUGUUAUUGCUUACAACUGCCUUUCCUAAGCAUUCGUUAGGCAUCCAUUUCAGGUAGCUUCAUAAAAAUUGGCUUAUCAAGCAAAGUUAAUUUUUUUUUUAAUUUCUAUUUCCCUCCACCCCCAAAGAGCAGAAUGAGUUUCAUUCACUCCAAUGUACAUUUGCAUUCCGCACUUGAAAAGUAGCUGCUUGACCACACCAACAAAUAGAAGCAGGAUCUGCAGCUGCAAGCAGGAUGCUAGUAUAUCGAGUCAUAUUUAAAGCAUGUAAUUAUUUCUGGAGUGCCCUACAUUGAGAGUGUUUUGUUUAAGAGAGAUCCUUGCAUGUCUCAGAAACUGAGUAAUGCCAUUGGUUGUUUGCCUGUUCCUAACAGUUGAACUGUUGCUUCACUCACAUGUCCUCACCUUGUCUGAUAUAUGACUGAGAUUUCUAGCUGAUGACGUAGGCUACAGAAUUUUUAAAAACCGUUCUAUGAUUUUUCUAAUGAAAUCCAUUUAACUGUAGCAAUUAAAAGCAAGCAGACAGGUAACAGCUGUGCAUGUAUCAGAUAUGCUAUUCACUAAAGCAAAUCCAAAAUAUAUUGUAGAAUCAUUUGAAUUAGAAGGGACCUUUAAAGAUCAUCUAGUCCCAACUCUCCUGAGAGUGAAGGCAUACCCACAGUUCAAUCAGGUUUUCAGUGCCCAGUGCAGCCUGACCUUGAACAACCCAAGGACAAGGCAUCCACCACUUCUCAGGGCAACCUGUUCCAACACUUCACUACCCAUACUGUAAAGGACUUUUUUCUUACAUCUAAAUCCUCGCUUCUUUAGUUUGAAACCAUUUCCCCCAUCCUGUCACAACAGACUCUGCUAAAGAAUCUGUCCUCUUCUUUUUUCCAGCCCUGCUUUACUGAAAGGCCACUACCAGGCCUCUCUUCUCCGGGCUGAACAGCCUCCACUCUCAGCCUGAUUUCCUGUCAGUUGGUCAAAGUCUAGAUGCUGAAUAGGGAGACUUAGUUUAGCAUUAGCAAUUGAUAUUUCUUUAACUCUAUGCAAUAAAUCAAUGUAAAUAAAAUGGGUU